AUGCGCAACCUAUCUCAAACCAGCAAUCGGCAUUCAACAUCAUCAUGGCCCAAACAAAACUUCACCUGCACCAAAAAAGAUAAAACCUGCACCUCCUCCAUCCUCCAAGCCCUCCAAGCCCUCUGCAUCCCCCCAACAGCCUGCCUCUCCAUAACCGACGACCUCUUUACCGCCACCUGCAAACCGAGCCCAAAUCCGAAUCCCGGACAAGGACCAUUCCGCAAGAUGGACGAAGCGCUCAUGACAAACCGCUCUAUCAUCAACCUCGCCUCGACCGUCCUACAAUGCCCCUGCUCGGCAACGCCGUCCGUGCAGUUACUACUUGUUACGAUCUGCGACAGACUGGUUGCAUGGUACAGGGCGAUGAUGCGCAGUGAGGAUAAUUUUGCGCCGGUCGGAUUCAUGUCGGUGCAGGAUGACGAUGAGCGGAUUGUACCGCUGCCUAUUAUGAUAGGUGGGUUUGCGGUUGAUCCGGUUAUUCAGAUGCGGAUGCGGGAGCAGUUGGUUUGUGGGGAGCUUGGGAGGGUUGAGGAGUUGAUUAGGAGGUUUGCGGAGAGGGUGCAGGAGACGAGGGAGAGUUUAGACGUCGGGCAGGGGGAGAAGAUUUUCGAGAUUUUGAAUAGCUUGUUGAGGGAUCAGUUGAGGGCGAAGGCUUGUGUUAUGAGGAGGGUAGUUUAG